AGAAGCCAGCCCCCGGGGAGGUGGAGCCGCUGGGAGGCGGCGCCGAAAGAGGCCGGCUCGGCUUAGUCGCCUCCGCGGCCUUUCCCGGAGCCGACGCAGGCGCAAAAAAGGAGAAACCCGCAAGCCGAUCGCUGAGAAAGGAGAGCGGGGCAGCUGCCUGCCCGGGACGGCGCGCCCAUGAGCUGCGAGGUACGCAGAAGGAGGAGCUCCCCUGCAAGCCUCCCGGCCUCCCUCCGCGAUCGCUGGCUUGCGAUCCCCCCUCGGUCCCUUCGAUCACGAUCCGCCCCUGGGCCUUCGGCUUCUAGGCGCCAUGAGACGCCGCCCCCUUGCCCGCCACCCGGAGAGGGCAUUUCUGAGCAGGGGUCGGGGUGGGGAGGCACCUGGUUCCCCGUUAGCCUUGGCCUCUGAUCGGAAGCCUUGGUGAGAGAGGGGAGCGUCGGUUUGCUUGGGCGGUAAGCCCUCUGCAUGCGCUCAGAGGCACGAGCUUCUUCAGUUUGGUCCCCGGGGUUUGGGCUUUAGGGAGCGCUGCUUGAAAUGCAAGCUCCGCGUCUUGCCUUUCGGCAUCAUCACGGAGCUGCCCAAGGUGGUGGUUCGUAGCGUGAAACGAACUAAGAGAAUAAAGUAGAAGUUCCACACCAACAGCAACAAUUUCUUCCUCGGGAAAAGCCUCAGAAUAAAGUCAUGGAGAAACAGCAGCAGUAGGAGUUAAAUUACAGCUCAAAAACCCAGAUCAGUCAUUUAGAAGUGGGUGUAAACAUGCUGUUUUGGCAUCUGGUCCUGGCAUUGUGCUGUGCAGUUCAAUCCCACAGGUGUGCACAGAAGGACUUCUGCACUUCCCAUUUUAUUAAUAAAAGCUUGCAAUUCUGCACAUUUAUCCACUAUCCCUUUAUUGGAAGUUAUCCAUAUAUACAUUGGUUCCAUGCUCUUAACUGAUGUGAACCGAGCUGCAGGGAAUCUUUUUUCAUUUUAUUCUCCUUGAGUGCAUUUGGUCUGUUUACACUGGAGACCAGUGAAUAGCAGCACUGCUGUUGUGCUUGUGUUUAAAAAGCCUGACUUGACUGCCUUGGCCUUUGUGGAACUUGCUUCCAAGCAGGUUUGCUGACCAAGGAAGGCGGAAGAAAAUUACUUCUUGAUGGUCCAGCGCAGUCCCCUAUGGCCUUAGGUGAGCCAUUGCUACAAUGUGUAGUCUCACAAUUUUAAGAAUGUAUUUUUAUCCUGAUCUUCAGCCAGUAUGGGAAUAAUAAUGCUAGUUGAUCGUGCCGGGCUGUUGUACGAAUUUGUGAGAUAACGUAUGUUGUGGGCAACUAAGAAAAGGGUAGGUUUAUUCACUCACAACCCUGCUCUUGUUCCUCUGAAGAACUCAUAGUAGCUUGUAUUGGCAUAGGUGAGUAACUAUCAUUAUCCAUCUGGUUUGCAUUUCUAAAACAGGUGGUAGUGCUGUACUUUGCAAAAAGUGCCGAAUUAGCCGGUGUCCGCACUGAGACCAUUUCCGUGCCCCAACAGAUAACAUCCCUGCAGCUGUGGGAAGAAAUUGUCAAGAGGCAUUCAAGGUAUGAUGACUUCUGACUGGUAAAAGAUGCUGCCUCUUGAGUGUGUAACUGGCCCAAGAUCACCCAGAAAACAUCGUAGCCAAACUUGGGUCUGCUAGUCCUUGUUUGACCCUCUUAACUUAUCCUUUGCCAACCUGGUGCUGCCCAGAUGUUCUAGACUUAGCAUGCCAUGUGUGUGGGGGGGCAUUAUUGGGCUACUGCUUUUGGUUUGAUGUUAUAUGUUGUGGUCUUGUUGUGAACCGCCCUGAGACCUCCAGGUAUAGGGAGGUGUUAAGUUGAAUAAUAAUAAUAAUAAUAAUAAUAAUAAUAAUAAUAAUAAUCAGGCCUAGGUAGUGCAGAGGCUGAUGGGACUUGUAGUUUUCAGAGGGCACCAGGUCAUGAUUCAUUGGGGGGGCAGGCUUCAUGUUGGGGAGGGGGCAGAACCUCAGUUAUUUACGUAUUUUUAUAGAUUUUCGUGGGCAGCUGCCCCCCCCCUGGCUACACCCAUUCACCAGGUUAGAAAAGGCUACUGUGACCAUCACACUGAGAUUCCAUUUCCCACCACUUGUAGUGGUGGUCCUUCUAUUUCCUUGUAGGCAGAUGGUCUCCUCAAAGAAACAAGUGGCAAACAGCAUUGUUACUGUCCAUUUGAAUUCUUGGUUGCGUGGGAAAUCAGAGUUUAGGAACUGGUCUUGAUAAGUGAGUGUCACAGAGCCUGUGGGGCGUUCCAGAGGGAGCGGAUUUGCUAUGCUAGCUUCCUGGCAGGUGGUUCCCUAUUGCUUACCAGGAUGGGCAAGGUAGCCAGGACUUCCUGACUGCGUUAACCUUCUCCCUACUGGUAAGCCACACCUGCUUACCUGCUAGAAAGCUAGCAUAGCAGCUCUAUCCCACCUUGUGAGUCUCUUCUGCCACUAGCUCUUUUCAGGAACCGGUUUCACAUUUGGGAUACCUGAUUCCGCUUCAGCUGGUUUGAGUUGUUUAGCCUCAGGCCCGUGGUGUCCUAGGAAACAUUACUCUUUCUCCUGAUGUUGUUCUUUAGGCUCGCUGCUAUACAGGAUCAAGUCGUCUUUGCUGUCCGCCAGGAGUACAUGCUUCUUGGGGAUCAGCUGGUGGUCCUCAACCCAGGGGACGAGGUUGCCGUUAUCCCCCCUAUUAGUGGAGGUUAGCUCUGGAAAGACGGCAUCAGGUGUGUGCUCUUGUCUUCCUAAAGGGCGAUUCGAUUAGGGGAGUGCACAUGUUACGUUAAAUGAGUGCACAGAAAGAGUUGUGCUGUACAUUGGUUCAGUUAUUCACAGGUAACAUUCAGUGGAUAUGCAUUCUGUGUCCCGUGUAUACAUAGUAGUUGAGCUGUGCAAAUCAACAAGUGUACACCCUUGGAAACCAGUGCUUGUGCAUGUGUCGAGACUGCAUUUUCUUGUGUUCAGUGUAACAUGUGAACGAGCCUCUCAGCACUCGAUGAGGUAUGAACAUGGUGUGUCUGCACACAUGAUAAGGGUACAGGUGCCAAAAUUACGAUUCUCUACACAAACAGGAGUUGUGUCCUGUGGAAGUAAUUAAGAAUAACCUAAUCCCUGUUCAGAUCUUCUUCAUAUGUUUCCAAUUGUGUGAUUUAGAAGCAGGGAAACAAAGUCCCACUAGGCAGACUUGCCCUCUUCAACCAUGUUCCUUCUACUUUCCACAUUUUGGGGAUGAAUUUCUGAGUAGGAAGCUAGCUGUAAUUAUGGAGCUCCCCGCACAAUUUCACAGGAGGAGAAAUCCCUGAUUUUCUAAAUCUAAAACAGAAGUUUUCAACCUUUUUGAGUCCAUGGCUCCCUUGACCAACUACAUUCUUUCUGCGGCACCCCUGUGGGGCUCAGGAGCCCAGUUAUGUCACCCCUUGCCUGCAGAGCUGGCAGCCUCUCAUCCUUUUUCAAACACACUCCCUUGUGGAGGGUUCCCUCAGCCUCCUCUCCUUGGGAGUCCUCUGGGCAGCCACUGCUGCCACCCCUGGACUCUGAGCUUCACCCCUGCCCCAAAGAGAGGUGCCUCCUCACACUGCCCAACAGGGGCCCGGGACUUGUCUGUCCAAUCCCAACAGCAAGGGCUAUAGGACUGGCUGGCUGGGCACCCUUGCCUGCUUGCUUGCUUACUCUGAGGCCACCUCAGCUCCUGGCAACCAGCGCCCCCUGGCCAGCCCCAGAGGCACCAUUCGUCCCUCGAGCUUCUAGCCAGGGCUGCUGCAACAAACAGCUAUGCAAGCCUUUGGCAGGCAGAGACACAAGAGGGCAUCAGAGAAGGGAGGGGAGGAAAGAGGGCCAGUGUUGUCCGCAGCACCCCUGACCAUCAUUCAAGGCACCCCAGGCUGUCACAGCACACUGGUUGAACUGGUUGCAUGACUAUUCAAAGUGGCAUGACACAGCUUUAAAUGUACAAUGCAGAUGAGGCCCAAGUUGCACAUGCCAGAUACACUGUGAUGCUGGUUUCUCUCUCUUUCCAGCAUCCACACUCUAAAUACACUCAUUUAAGGCUUUGACCUGGAAUUUCUGUUAUUCUAGUAGCAGGUCAAGAAGCAUUUUUGCAAAUGAUCCCAUUAACUGGAGUACCAUAUUUUUCCGUGUAUAACACCCCCAUGUAUAAGACGACCCCUAUUUUUUUGGACCACAAAAAAGGGGGGGAUUGCCCAGAGUUGUUCAGCUUUUGGGGGGAGGGGCACCACCCCCAAUCACUCUACAACCUGCCCGCAAAUGCAAAUAGCACGCUCACCGCCAAAAGCCCACCUGCCCACUCGACACAACCACAGCCGAGUGCAUGCACGCCUCACCUCUGUCGUAAAUAGCACGUCCAGUUGCUGCAGCCACAGCCAUUUGUCAGCAGGCCUUGCCGCAGCAACCAAUCACAUGCCCAAUCGCCGCUGCCAAUCUCUUGCUGGCUGCUGCCACCAAUUGCCUGAUAUCCGUCUGUAAGACGACCUGCAUUUUUUGCAUAUUAUAUCUAAGGAAAACAUAUCGUCUUAUACACGGGAAAAUAUGGUAAUAACUUUCAUUUCACCACCGCUUAUUCCUAGAGAAGCCAUGAGCGUAAGUGAGGAUGAGCCCAAGGACUUGAUAAAAUUGAACCACGAGAAGCUCUCAGCAGACGAAAUAUCGGCACUGGUGGUUUCCCCCUGCUGUGGAGCUGUGUCUUUAUUUAUAGGUAGGUUUGAUGCACGUAGUAUGAAUUUUGGAAUAAGAGAGAAACCCAGUAUAUUUUUUUUAAAAAAACCCUGUUAAAAUCACCCUUACAGAACUUACAUAGGUGGUUGCAGCUGGUUCCCAGAAAGAAAGAAUCAUCCAUAUUCUGUCAGAAUUGUCCUUUUUAAUUACCCCUCUAAGCAUGUGAACAUCCAGAGACAGUUACAGUGGUACCUCGGGUUAAGAACUUAAUUCGUUCCGGAGAUCCGUUCUUAACCUGAAACUGUUCUUAACCUGAAGCACCAUUUUAGCUAAUGGGGCCUCCUGCUGCUGCCGCGCUAACGGAGCACAAUUUUUGUUCUCAUCCUGAAGCAAAGUUCUUAACCCGAGGUACUAUUUCUGGGUUAGCAAAGUCUGUAACCUGAAGCGUAUGUAACCUGAGGUACCACUGUAUAUCCCAAACCCUGUCAAAACAACCUUUCAUGGUGAACGCUAUUGGUUUCCAACACUGUGCCAGUUUCAUGUCUGCAGCCACAAGCAGAAGUGCUGCAACUUCUCCGGGGCUGGGGACUAGGCUUGCAUGUACAGAGCUUUUGUUCUGUUAGUGUGCUGUGGACCCUCCUCAGGUGACUGGUCUCAUUUGGACCUGGAAGCACUGUCUGGGAAAUCAUUGAUAACCUUGUUAACCAACUUUAACAAAACUGUUGAAGUGAAUGUUUUUGUCCUGUUGACCUUUUCCAACCAGCCAGUUGAACAUGUCCUUUCAUUUCAGGCACUACCAGAAAUAACUUUGAGGGGAGAAAGGUCAUACACUUAGAAUAUGAAGCAUAUGAACCGAUGGCAGAAGCGGAAAUCAAGAAAAUAUGCACAGAUAUUAGAUUAAAAUGGCCUUCGGUGAAACAUAUAGCUAUACACCAUAGACUUGGGUAUGUAUGACCAAUGAUCCGAUUAUUGUCAUGUCAAGUUGCUCUUGUAAUUUCUGUCUCUUGUUUUCUUAAUUUUCCUGUUGAAUCCUGCCUCAGAAAGUAUAAGAGAGGGACAUGACAGUUCUGACUAGAGAUUCCUAGGAUAUAGCUUGCCUGCAGUGUGUGAGAGUGUGCAAUAAUUAGCAGAAAGACAGUGGAUUUUAUUUAGCCCUCUAAAGAUUAAGCGAAUACGGAUAAAAACAACUAAUAUUUCCUUUCGCUUUUCUCUGUAGUUCUGUUCCCAUUAGUGAAGCGAGUGUGAUGGUCGCAAUCUCUUCGCCUCACAGAGCAGAGUCUCUUGAGGCUGUGCAAUAUGGCAUCAACGCUUUGAAAGCAACCGUCCCUAUAUGGAAAAAGGUAUGUGUAUGUGUCAUUUCUCUCAUAUUUCCUUUUUCAAUACAAUAAACUACAUGUAUUCCAUGUGUGCCUGGUAGGGACAGUUUGGCAAGAAGGGUGAAGUUUCUCCAAGGUUAUUUAACAAACAAACAAAAGUGUCAAUCUACAUGUGUCCGCCAAAUUUUGCUGCGACUUCUAAAAACAUGUGCCACACACACACCAAAGCUCCCAUCAGUUUGAUCCAGGUAUUUGAUUAAUCUUAAUAUAUAAAAGAUAUCUUUUGUGAAUGAGGAUAUGUAAUGGGGCAGAGAUUUUGGGCUCCACUAGAGCUGCCUUUCAGGCUUGUUCACUGAAGGACACUGACCUUUGCUUUUGGGAGUCUAUGCAUUCAUCCAUAUAUGCAGUCAGUUUCCCUGCUCUCCAGGGCUCCUUUGUAAAUUGAUCAUUUAGCUGUUCUCCUGAAUUGUGCUGUGGGGUUGUUGUUUUUAAGGUUUUAAUAGAACCCAUCAUCGACAGGAAGUUUAAAAAUCUAGAUGCUUCAGGUUAGUUGCAGUCACAGGAACAUUUUUCUCUCUCAUCUGUGUUUGCUGAUCUGUGUGAUCAGCUUUGCAACAGUUAUCAUCCAUGAUGCUCUCUGGUUGCAGGAGGUCUAUGAAGAGGAAUCCUCUUGGAAAGAAAACAAGGAGUGCUUUUGGGCCAAGACACUGAAAUAAAGCUCUGCCGACAAGACUACCUAACUGUGCUUAAAUAAUACAGCAUGGCUGCAAGGAUAAGAUCAGAAGCUUCUGUUUCAGAUUAACAACUCUUUCACAUGACAACUGGACCCUAAGCCACUUUCUGUCAUUUGAUUAAGGCAGCUUCAUAGCCUACACAGUCAAUUUUUUUUAAAAAAAAGAUUGUCAAACAUUUAAUUGGAAAUACACUAAUGGUUGUGGAAUAUAUAUAUAUUUAUUCUAGUGAUUUCUUCUAGGGGUCAAAGGUAUGUAAACAUAAAAGUUACUAUCCCCGUGGAGUUGUUCACACUUAGCAAAUUCUUAUUUCAAACCUGCUCAUUAAAGCGGAUUCGUUCUGAGUAACAAUGGGAUGUCUGCAAUGCUGCUAGUUCAAAGCAUCAGCCCAGCAUUCUGCUGGGUUACCGGGGCUCAUCAUAGUUCAUAGUUGCAGUUCGACUGAAUCGCAUUUGCUGAACACAAGCCACAGGCACUCCUGAGCCAUCGCUCCCUGUAAAGUUAUUAGGGCAACUACUUCUGCCAUGCUGCUAGCAGCAUAUGGACUUUUUCCAGCACUGGGUGGAGCUUUUGGGGCUUAUUAGAGUCCGAAUGCUGUCAUAACUCUCAGAUGGGUUUAGUACAUACCAGUGGCCAUGGGAAGGUGACUUUGGCUCAUUUGACUAUGUGUAGGAUAAUUUGCAGCUACAGAAGCGCAAGCCGUUUGUAACCCUAGAAGUAGUGUAGGUCAAAAGGGUUAGGCUGAUAAUCACAAUCAAUGGGAACAGUUAAGGAGUAAAAAGUGUGUUGUUGUUUUUUAAAAGUGCUGCCUCAUAACAGAAUAAACUUAAGUGCCUUUUGGUAGUGCCUGAAGAUAAUACUUCUGUCAUCAUGCAUUCAUGUUUUGAUUAUUGGUUUCAAACAUAAGACUGCCGGGAGUUGUGGACAGAUUUAGAUGGUUAAAAAUGUGAUGUAAAAGCACUGAAUUAAUUUUAAUUUUUUUGUUCAACCAUUAUUUAUGUCUAGCCCAUUCCUUUAUUUCUGAAAAUAUGGACUCUUCUUUAGAAGCAGAUUAAACUCAGUUGUGCCCAAAAGCCUGCAACAGA